AUGGCUACGUCAAGCAGUGACCGUUGGCCCAUCCCCCUCAAACAGCACAUCCCCACUCUGAUCUUCAUCACAGUGACUGUGCUCACAUCGAAUCUGGUCUCGCGCACGCAGCCGACCGCGUACCUCGACGAGAUCUUUCACAUUCCACAGGCACAACAGUUCUGUUCGGCGCUGUCCUCCACCUCUCUAUUCUCGGCACAACAAGUCUGGCGACAGCUGACGAGUGUAAGAUACGAUGCUCAACUUACUACUCCGCCUGGGAUGUACGCCAUCUCGGUGGGGAUGGCCAAGGUGCUGCCCGGGUGGGAAUGCAAGGAUGUGGUUUGGCUGAGGAGCACGAAUCUCGUGUUGCUGCUCACGCUGCCGGUGCUCGUAGCGAGGAUACUUGGACAGAUCGAAGAACAGGCGCGUAUCGCUUCUGCAGCAGAAGACUAUUCACCCAGCAAGACGAUCACCCAAAACCUGGGCAAGGAAAUAACCAGACACGAGAUCGAGAUGCUCCAAGCAAAAGCGAAGCUGCAACUACCCCCCACUCCCAGUGCCUCGCACGAUGACUUGGCCCAUAUCGAGCCUCCCACCAUCUCUAUCGCACAGGCUGCACUGCCUGCGCCGACAGGCUCAGCAGCACCACUGCUUAGAGCUCUCAAGCAGAGAGAAGCAAGCGCGUACACAAUGGCGUUAGCAUGUACCAUCUGUUUUCUACCACCACUGUGGUUCUUUGGUUUUCUGUACUACACAGAUCUCGCCUCCACCUGGCUUGUGCUCGCAAUGCUGUCGUUGUACAAUGAUCUCAACACGAGCAACGCCCAUGUGGCUCCUACUAUAACGGGGUUGUUGAUCGCUUUGACAUCUAUCUUGGCCGUGGCAGUGCGACAGACCAAUAUCGUGUGGAUCGGCUUCGCAGCUGCACAGGCUACACUCUCAAGGGUCGGCAAACAUGUCUCGCACACACAACAGGGAUCGGAUCCAGUUACACAAGCAAUCGGCAUGGUGAAAGGAGCAUUUGGUGACAACAAGAAAGGCUGGUGGACAGCCGUUGCGAUCAACGCGGCGCCCAUGGUUCCGGUAUUGGCUGUUUGCGUGUUGUUCUUGCGUUGGAAUGGCAGCAUCGUGCUGGGUGAGAAGGCGGCGCAUCAGGUAGCGCUGCAUUUGCCGCAGAUGGGCUACUUUGUGGCGUUUGCUCUUGGGUUUGGGCUGUUCCCCUUGCUGUUCAGUCUGCAGUCGAUGUCGCACAAAGCUCAAGAUCAAGGUCCAUCGAGCUCGACGCUUGCAACAUUCACCCAUUCCGUGCGGUCCGCGGUAUCCGCGUUGAUAGAUUCGACCAUCGCAUCACCAGGCUGCAUACUGGCACUCGCAGCCGCUUUGGCUGGCUUCUAUAUUGCAGUAGAUCGAUUUACUAUUGAACACGCGUACAUGCUCGCGGAUAAUCGGCACUAUACCUUCUACAUCUGGCGCAAGUACCGGAGCUCAUACGCGAUCCCUGCACUGGAUGGAAUGACCAUCGAACCCAAGUUGGCUGUGGUGCCUCUGUUUGCGCUUGCACUCAUCGCGUGGAGUCGCGCACUAACUCAUCAUGCGGUAAACAAGCGUACUGGCGCACUGUUCAGUCUGCUCUUCUGGAUGGCCACAGCAGCGGUAUUGGUGCCGACACCGUUGAUCGAGCCAAGGUACUUUUUGAUGGCGUAUCUGCUGUUGAGGAUUUACAGUCAUCCGUAUGCGCCAUGUGAAAAGCAAGAGAAGAGUGCACAGUUAAAGUGGAUCUACUUGGCGUUGGAAGCAGCGACCUAUGCAGCUGUCAAUGUGAUCACUGUGGGGUUGUUUGUCAACAGACCGUUCCAGUGGCCCUCACAUGCAGUGGAUGUCUCACGAAACGAGCACACCACAAUGCGUUUCCUCUGGUAA